GGCCCCUCAAAGACGUCUCGCCCUGCGCCGGUCUCGAAGGCACCAUCAAGGCAAUUUCAACACCACGUCAUCCACAGCAACCGACCUUUGUCUCGUCAAUCUACGUUGGAGGCUCGCCAUGCUUCACCCGCCGCAUUCCGUAACAAGAAACGCCAAACACGUCGUCCCACGGAAACUACCAGAGCAGAAGUUGAGCACGAUACUUCUGGUCGCACUCUCAAUACAUGUUCCAUCAUUAUCGUGGACGAAAUGGCAGAAUGCGAGGACUCUAGCGAAGCCAGUACGCCAGCUGUGGAACCUCUUCAGUCUGUCCGUCGCGUGGACUUGGACGGUACGGCGGCCGGGCGUUCUUUGAUUAGAAGCAUGUUAGAGAGGUUCUGA